ACAGCCAAGCACAGCCUAGCUGCGAUUAUUGAGCAAGAGUCCAAACAGAAAUAUGCAAUGGAGACGAUGGGACCACCUAAAGUGGAACUCCCGUCUCCAGAUAAGUUCCUCAAAAAGCAUUCAAAGCAGUUUAAACCUCCUGCGGAACCUGAACAUUUCCACAAGCCUCCAGCCCCUUUACGGACCGACAAGCCACAGAUUAGGAUCCAAUCCAAGAAGGUUUUCUCACAGAAAACUGAUUUGGUUAAAGUGACACCUAAGCCUUCUCUCAUAGAAACAAAGAAACAGCUUCUGGAAAACUCUGGCCUUAUCCCCAAAUACAUCAGAAAAAAGGAUUAUGGUAAAGUACCUGCGUACUUGAAGCGGCGCACAGAAGCUGAACAAAAGGCUAGGGAGGAGAGGGAGGAGUACGAGCGCGUUGUAAAGAAGCCGAACACCAGGGAAGGCCUACCAGAAGAGGACCUUCAUGCUAUACUAAAGAUGCUGAAGAAGAAGAAAGUCCAUAAUAAAUAUCAGAUCCCUGCCUAUCUCAUAAACACCGGGACAAAGAAAAAAGAGAAGAUCUUUCUGGAAGAGAAAAUGACACAACUGGAGAAGGAUAUCAGCGUCUUAGAAAAGUUCAAAACCGUCUACAUUUCUCCAGCUAGCAGCUUAGAUCUUCUGCCAGCUUCAGAUACUUCUUCUGAAAAUUAAAAUGUUCUAUAUUUCCUGUUAUCUCUAAAGCUGUGCUACAAAAUAAAUCUAAUUUUACAGUUUUAUUGCAGAGAAGAUCUACAUAUUUUAUUGAAAAAAAAAUAAAACAAAGUUGUGUAGAAGCAAAACACCUUUUUUUCUUUAAUCAUUAUUAUACCAAUAUAUGUACAAACACAUAUUGGAAUUAACAGUAAUUCAAAUAUACAAAGUGCAUGAGGUACAUUG